CCCGCAGACUGUGCUGCACUGGCCGCACACUGCUGCAGGAUGGCCGGGAGUUGUUUGAAAGGACGUUUUCUUUCCUUAUUUGACUACAAAACGGAAAAAUAUAUUGUCGCCAAAAAUAAGAAAGUUGGGGUUUUGUACAGAGUUAUUCAGUUAUCUAUCAUCGGUUACAUUAUUGGGUGGGUUUUCGUAAGCAAGAAAGGCUACCAGGAGACAGAUGAGGCCAUACAGAGCUCUGUCAUAACUAAACUAAAGGGAGUCUCAGUGACUAACACCUCUGAGUCUGGUCUGUUGGUGUGGGGACCGGAGGAUUACGUCAUCCCACCACAGGGUGAAGCUGUUCUGUUUGUUGUAACCAAUUUCUUAGAGACGCCAAACCAGAAGCUGGGAUACUGUGCUGAGGUUCAGACUUCACCAAUUGCAGUUCCCAGCGCUCAUUCCCAGAGUCCCAAAGUGCUGGAUGGCCACUGCCGAGUCGACAGGGACUGUGAUAAGGGAAAGAUGGUAGUGGCUGGUAAUGGAAUCAUGAGUGGCCGAUGCUUAAGAAAAGAUGAAAACUCCAAUGGUACCUGUGAAAUCUAUGGCUGGUGUCCCAUUGAAAGAAAAUUCAAACCACAAGGGCCUCUGCUGACAAAUGCUGAAAACUUCACCAUCUACAUCAAGAAUUUCAUCCAAUUUCCCAAAUUCAAAUUUUCAAAGUCCAAUGUUCUUGAAACAAGUGAUGACUCCUAUCUGAAGAAAUGUCGAUAUGACGAGGAACUCCACCCAUAUUGCCCCAUCUUUCGUCUGGGAGACAUCACCCAGCGAGCCAGAUACAACUUCCAGGACAUGUCUACGUUUGGUGGCUCUAUUGGCAUAAUGAUAAGUUGGAACUGUGACCUUGACAAAGGCUACUCUCACUGCCAUCCACAGUACUAUUUCACUCGCCUGGACAUCAGUGUCUCCAACACGACCAUCGCAACAGGAUUUAACUUCAGACACGCGCGGUAUUUUAAAAAUGCUACUGGUGAGAGUUAUCGAUCUCUGUUCAAAGUCUACGGUGUCCGAUUUAAUAUCAUGGUGCAUGGAAAGGCCGGGAUGUUCAGCAUCAUCCCAACAGCCAUCAAUGUUGCUUCAGGACUGGCUUUGAUGGGUGCUGGAGCUUUCUUCUGUGACAUGGUCCUUCUCUACCUAAUGAAGAAGGGCAACUCUUACAGAGAGCGGAAGUUUGAGGACUGCAGAAGUAAGAAAUCAACAUCUGAAGACAACAGUGUGGAGGACAAAAAGGCUGCCAUGGAGCAGGAGAAUCUGACGUUUUAGUCUUUUCACUGCGUUAGAUGAGUUUGUAACAUGCCCUUGUUGGUUGUAGCGUAACAUUAUAAUAAUGACACAGCAGUGCAGUGUAACUUCUGCUUUACUGGUGUGGAGCUCUUGUAAGGUGAGGCAUCAUCUUAAAAAUUGGUCAGUUUUAAGUUGGUAGCAUUGUAGAGCUUCAAAAUGAUGAUUGAAAAUGAUCAUAAGCAGAUAUUCCAUUAACUUUAUACCACCAUAAAACAAGUGUGUUUUAGCAACAUUGUCUGAAAUGCAUGCAGACCACUGAAGAUUAAGUUAAAGUGCUGCUGUUUUUUUCAACCCAAACAACUAUUCAUUUGUGGAUUUUUUAAAAAAAAAUGCUGCGUUAUAUUUUUAAAUAUAUAAUGCAAAGUUUUUAGUCAUCAUAUGAAUUUGACCACUACUUUUACUCCUUUUAGCAUUUUAAUAGAGGGUGUAAGACUUUAAUCACUUUUUGCUGUCUCUAGUAAUGACAUUGUUUACUGCUUGUUUUGCAGUGGCUAAUGAUUCGUAUGAAUGGAAUAUACCUCAUAUGUGAAUAACACAUUAAGUUUGUUUCUUCAGAGUGGUGCAUCAUUUAUGUGAUUUUGUUCAGUCAGUUUAGCAACUAAUCUUUUAUUUAUUAAUUGAUACAGAAAAAUAAAGAUUUCAAUAAGAAACAUGUCUGUAUCUUGAGUUCCUUUUUUAUUAUAUUAAUUGCAGUAGAAGACAAUGUUUUCCACAGCUCCCAUGUGUUGUUUUUUACUUUUAGCUUGCUAGUCAGUAGCUGUAGCACGUGAAGCUGAUAUGUAACAAAGCUCUCUUCAGACUGGCCCUACAUGUAAAAUAUGUGUAAACACAAUGACGCCUCAGGGUGUACACAUGUGAUCACUGAAUUGCUUUAUGACAGCUUGUUUAUUGGCUUUUGUUCUGCCUGACUUUAACACCUAUUUUUUAUAAACUGUAUAAAUGAUAGUGAUUAUGACAAAGUGGUGGUGAGCUGAACUCUUGACACUGUGGCAUCACCAAGUGCAGCACAGAGCACCUUUUCAUAUAUUAGGGACAUUGGUGGGCUCACAGCAAAGUGACAGCACUCCCUUCGAGAGGUAGGAUUAUAUCUCAUAAAGAGCAGGCCACAUCGUGAAUUACCCAAGAACCUGAUUAAGAAUUUUUCAUUUUAUUUUAUCUCAGUAAGAAGAAAGUACUCAGUGACCAUCACAGACAGCUCUCACCCCUGGAAAUUAAAUUCAAGAACAAGUAAAUCAGGUCCUUUGUUAAAUAUUUAUUUUGAGGGGAAUGUAACCAAGUAAACAAUCUAUCACCUCAACUCUGUUAUCUUAUUUUCACACUUUCACAGUCUUCUUUUACAUGACUUUGUAACUUGCGGUUUUACACAUUGGUGUAUUUCCACACAGACAAAGAGUCAGCACCUCACUGUAUGCAGUUUUUAUUAGAACGACUCUGCAGACAGUGUCUUCUGUGGAUUAUGCAGAGUAAGAGGGACACUGUUUCUGGAGAAAUGUUUUGCUACCUUGUAAAGUAUCUUUUCUAGUAUGCUCUUAACAAAUGACUCACAGUUGCAGCUGCUCAGUGAGUGCACAGCAACUUGGACAAAAACAAAAGCACAGAUGGCACAGAAAGCAUCUUAGAGGGCGCUAAAACCCUAAAAAGAAAACUCUGCAGCAUACUUUGUAACAUAUUUGAGGUUUUUAACUCGUAAAUGCAGAUAUUCACUAUUAAAAUAAAUCUUACAGUUGCCACAUGAAUGAUCCUAUUUCUUCAAGGACUUGUGUCCCUUCAGGGU